CACACACACACACACACACACACACACACACACACACACACACACACACACACACACACACACACACACACACACAUACAUACAUGCAUACCACAACUGCACGUUUGUUUAUACGUUUCACUAAAAGAGAUGAUAAACAUCAUACUAUUAUCCAUCCCAGUCAUCAUAUUACCGUAUAUAUUACUCAUGUCUCGAUGUAAAAUGUGGUAAUUCAUUUUCAGAGAAUAUUAUAUGUAUACUCAGAGUCUGAGACCACUAUCGUACUGCUGUUGUUGUUUUUUAAUGAUUAAUAGCACAAUAUAUGAUAUAUGAUUGUUCCUUCACCUCUCUUUGUCUGUCUUAUUUUCUCUCUCACAAUUUAUUGGAUAAUUUGAUGUUAUGGGUUUAAAUUGCGAGGUGAAGUGUGAAUAAUGAUUUAUAUUUUCCAGUCUUCCUAUGGUAAAAAUACAAAUUGCAAUAUUCAUCAGUAAUUACUGUAACUUUAACAUAAGCAGAUUAAUUAAUUAUCAGGCUUUGCGUCUACAGGUUUCUGCUAUGAAGUCAGACUGUAGUUUUUUCGCAUACUUCCAAUACUUUAUAAUACAAAAAUAUUUUCAUUACUAAGCUAGUUGUUAUCAUGAUUUAAAUCAAGUUUGCGCUAAACGACCAAAGAAGAAGCCAAUUAUAGAAAGAUACAAAACUACGAAGAGUAGAAAAAAUCGUCUGAAACACAAAAUGUGGGAAGUGUUGCUUCUGCUAGUCGGCUUCGCAUUGAUUUCUCCGAGUCAAGGAAAAAGUCACGUCUCUGGCAAGAAAAUGUAUAUAGAACCUAGAGAAACUGAGGACAAGUCGCAGGAACUCAGUGAGUCGCCAGCCCACGACAGAAUCCUGAACAAAUGUCGCAACGAGAACCGAUUUUCCUCCCGGAGGACAUUGGCACUGUGCCUGAGGAAACAUGGGGUGCGAGGAGGAAAGGGCUCGGUGGAGAGGAACGGAAAAGCGAAGUGCGGGAAAACUUACAAGCUGAAGAGAGGAGCAAGAAGGACCUUCCGAAUCAAAGGAAAUGAGGACUUUUGCGAAGCUUUCUUUGAGCCAAGAGGUAAUGCGGAGCUACAGUUACUUUGCAGGCAAUUCGAUCUCUCCGACUGCAAUGAAGAAUACUUUACCGUUACUGACCUAGACUCUGAGGAGAAGUUUUGUAAUAACGAGGGCCCUGAUGAGCGAAAGGGGCUGGAGACUUUGCGUCUUACGUAUCAGAGAGUCAGCAAAGUCACUGAUGGGACAAAUAUCUUGUGUGUCGUCAGAGGUGUGAAGGUUUCCGGAGGAGGAGGAGGAGGGAGUAGCGGUGCAACACAGGCUCCUGGAUGCAAGCAAGUGUGUGGGAAGGCUCCGAGGAACGCUGGGGCGACAAAGAUUGUGGGCGGGCAAGCUUCGCAACCUGGAGAAUACCCUUGGAUGGUCCGUCUGUCUAUCAGGGACGGUCUCUUAACCUACCUCUGCGGUGGGUCCAUCAUCACGUCACUCCACAUAAUAACGGCAGCCCACUGUGUCGAUUAUAGGGCUCCGGAGGUAACAGUCAUGGCGGGCGAACACAACGUAGAAACUGAAGACGAAAGCAUCACGCAAACCAUUGGUGCCAAGAAAGUCGCUAUGCACCCGAAGUUCGAUGCCACUACCUCGGCCAACGACAUAGCUGUAAUCACGCUGCAGUCGCCUCUCGAAUGGACCGACGACGUGGGACCCAUUUGUCUGCCGCCUGAUAAGACCUUCGCAAAUAGCGAGGCAGUCAUUGUAGGAUGGGGCUUGUUGAACUACCAGGAUUUGACACUUCCGGACGAACUCCAGGAAGCGGGGGUCACUGUGUUCGAUCAUGGGGAGUGUAAAAGCGCUCACGCUUUCUCAAACUUCCCUGUUACUGAUAAACAUAUUUGCGCUGCCGACCCUGGACAAAUUGCUUGCAGGGGCGAUUCCGGGGGACCUUUGAUGACGAAAAAAAACAGACUUUGGUUGUUGCUCGGAGUAACAAGUUUUGGCCCAGAGGACUGUUCGUCAGAUGUUCCUGCCGUGUACACCCGUGUCUCUUCCUACAGCGAAUGGAUACUAAAUAAGCUCUCAAAGGGCUCUUGCUAAUGAUUCUGAAUUCUGGCGAUGAAUUUUAACUUAGAAGAAGAAAAAACACAACCUCUGGUUAUUAUUUGUCAGAUGAAAAUAUACGCCAAGGUAAAACAAACACUCGUUUAAUUCUUGGACAUUUCAAAUAUUUAUUAUCAGUGUGCUAGUAUCUGUGUUCUAUCUGUAUGUACAAGUGUAUGUUGUGUUCACCUGUGUGUUCGUUGCAGAAUUGCACUACAAUCCAUUCUCACUAUAGAAUUCAAUAGUGCCAUUCUUUGUUAUUGAAUGGUCGGCAUAAAGGCUUUUAUUAAACAUUAGAAUUUUAAUAUUGAUUUGCUUGGACUUGACAAAAACAAUGAUAAUUUGAUGGAGGAUAAACAGAAGCUUACUGAUAAUCUCGAUAGGCCCGAGGUCAUGCUCACAGAUUAUCACUGCGAAUGAUAAGGUAGAGAUUAAUGAAGGUUGAUAUCAAUAAGUAUACUUAUAAAGGAAGAGACCAGUGUUA